CUCGCGGCAGACAUGGACUUGCAUUGUGAUCGCGCCGCCGAGCCGCCGGCCGCCGAGCCGCCGUCGGGCAAGAUUAACAGAGCCGCCUUCAAACUGUUCAAGAAGAGGAAGCCGGGCGGCGCGAUGCCUAGCAUCUUCGGGGUCAAAAACAAAGGGGACGGGAAGGGCGCGGGGCCCGCGGGGCUGGUGCGCAGCCGGACGCACGACGGGCUGGCCGAGGCUCUGGCGCUGGAGGGCGGCCGCCGCGAGGAGCCGCGCGCGGGCGGCGGGGACGGGGCGCGGCCGGGCCCUGCGGCCCCCCGGGCGGCCCCGGGCGGCGCGGGCCCGGCGGCCGGCGGCUCGGUGGCCAAGUCGCACAGCUUCUUCUCGCUCCUGCGGAAGAACGGGCGGCCCGAGAGCGGCGGGGCGGAGCAGGCCGACGCGGGCAAGGCCGGCGGCAGACAAAAGCGGGGGCUGCGGGGGCUUCUGGGCGGCGUGCGCUGGCGCAGGAAGGACCGGCGGCCCAAGGAUGCGGCGCCGGCCGGGCGCGCGGGGGCCCAGGGCAGCCUGGCGCGGCCGGGCUCGCUCACCGCCAGCCUGGAGUGCGUCAAGGAGGAGGCGCCCGCGGCCGCGCGCGAGCCGGAGCCAGCAGGUGAGCCCGCGGCGGGGGAGCCGGAGCCGGCCUGCGCCCCGGGAGAGGGCGCCGCGGGACCCGGGCGCGCCGAGCGGCCCCGCGCGCCCCCCGAGCCCGAGCCCGAGCCGCGCGCCGGGGAGGGCCGGCCGGCCGAGGACGCCGCGGGGCCCGGGGCCGCGCCGGCCGAGACUGCGCCCCGGCCCGACUCCGAAGGCGGACGCGCGCCCGCCGCCCCCGACCCUUCUUCGGCCGAUCCACCCUCCGACCCAUCGGCCGAUCGUAUUUGUCUGAUGUUCUCUGACGUGACUUCACUGAAAAGCUUUGACUCUCUUACAGGCUGCGGAGAUAUUAUCGCAGACCCCGAGGACGAGGCAGGGCCCAGCUGUGCCAGGCAUGCACCCGCGCCGGGCCAGCCGGGCCCCGCCCAAAAGCCCCCCGGCGUGGUGGCCUACCAGGGAGGCGGGGAGGAGAUGGCGAGCCCGGCCGAGGCGGACGACUCGUACCUGCAGGAGUUCUGGGACAUGCUCUCCCAGACCGAGGACCAGGGCCCGGGGCCCCAGCAGGGGGCGGCCCCGGCGGCGGCGGCGGCGCCCGAAGCGCAGGUGGCCCCCGAGACCCCCAAGGACGCCAGACGGGCCGAGGGGGCCAAGGACGCGUCCUCGGUCAAGCGCCGGAGGCUGCACCGGCUCCCCACGGAGCUCCAGCCGAAGGAGGAGCCCAAGCACCCGGACGAGGAGCCGCAGGAAGGCGUCCCCAACAGCGACGAGGGCUACUGGGACUCCCCCACCCCCGGGCCGCGGGAGGACGGCUCGGGCGGCGGCGUGAGGAAGGCGGGCCUCCCCCGGGACAGCGACAGCGGUGACGCGCUCUACGACCUCUACGCCGAGCCCGAUGGAAGCCCCGCGGCCCUGCCCGCCGCCGCCGAGGACACGUCCUGCUCGUCCCGGUUAAAGCCCGUGUCUCCGGUCACCGUCACCUGUGCCCUGCGAACGCCGGGGAGCUUGCUGAAGGACUCCAAGAUCCCGAUCAGCAUCAAGCACCUCGCGAACCUUCCACCCAGCCACGCGGUGGUGCACCAGCAACCAACCAGGAGCGAGCUACCCAGAACCAAAAUCCCGGUGUCCAAGGUGCUGGUCCGCCGGGUCAGCAGCCGGGGCUUGGCCGGGACCACCCUCCGGGCCGCGGCGUGCCACGACAGUGCCAAAAAGUUGUGA